AUGUAUCACGUGACUCGAGCCCCGGUGUCCGAGACUCUGAUUGUGAAGCUCUUUCUCUCCGCAUCUUUUGAUGGCGAUGUGACCAACAUGCACCGAUCGCGUUGGAUUCAACAACUAUCAGUGCGUGCGCCCGCCGCCCACAGAUUCAACGUUUCAUAUUCACCCGUUCGAAACGCCAGUACGACCACAUCUCAAAACACCUCGGCCCAAACUUCGCGAUGGCCACGUCGUUUGGUUUAUGCCGCACUCUUCGGAACAUUAGGCGUCGGUGCUGGCCAAUGGAUGGACACUAAGAUCGCUGCCCCCCCAGAACCGGGCUCUAUCGAGGACCAGCUUCAGCUUCAAGACAUCCAUCGUGCCUUCGAUAUUGGUCUUCCGAUCGUACAGCAACUGCGCGCCAAUCCCGAUUAUGUCGAACUAGAGGUCUACGAGAACUUCUCGGAGGAACAGAAGGCACGCCGGCUGACAUCUGGUCCGAUGGCGGGCAGUCGGGGCUUUGGGUUACAGAAAGUGUUCUGGAGCGGCAAGGAACGAAAGCUCGUUAGCGUGGUGUUCAUGGGGUCAGGCCUCGAGGGAUGGCCAACGAUGGUGCAUGGCGGCGCUCUUGGCACAGUGAUUGAUGAGAACCUCGGGCGCGCUGCCAUUCGACACUUCCCAGCCCAAACUGGUGUCACGGCCAAUCUUAACAUCAACUAUCGCGCCCCAGUCUAUUCUGACAAUUUCUACUCCCUGCACACCACCUUGGACGAACAGCGCAGCACAGACCGCAAAGCAUAUGCCAUAUGCGAGGUUCGCGACAUGACUGGUCGCCUUUGCGUUGAGGCCGCGGGUCUCUUUGUUGUUCCAAAGAACCUCCAGCUCUCUAAGGUUGGCGAGCAUUUUUGA